ACCCCCUGCCGACGGUCACUAGUCGUUCCUCAUGUUUUUAAAGUUUCUUCGUGCUAAUAGCGAGCCCACCAGCGUCACUGCGGGUAUUCAAAUUAACCCCCGGUUUCGUAUUGUUAAUUUCUAGUUGUCGCACGCGGCUGCGGCUCAUUUGAAAGAUGUCUCGUGCAGCUUUGCGAUGCUCGGCCUGCGGCUCCUCAAACAUCGUAGAAGAUGCGCUGUACUGUCAAGCGCAGCAGGUUUGUGUGGACUGCGGCUCUGUGGUGUCCGAAGACGCGCUGUCCAGUGAAAGCGUGUACGUCGGAGGUUCAGAUGUCAGCUACAGCCGAACCACAGCUGGAGCCAAAAAGCCAUGUAUGAACCUGAUAAUAGGUGUUCAGCGUGUGAUAUCCAUAUGUCGGAUUCUCAGGGUCAACAGUGAGAUUGAGAAGCUCACGCAGAUCUAUUACAGGGAGGCUUAUCAGCACGAAAGUUUCAUAAGAGUGAGCCUUCGGAAGAAAGAGCAUCUGGUUGGUUGCUGUCUGCUCUUAAGCUGCAGAUUGCUCAAUUGGCCCAUCAGCAUGGCAACCAUCAGCUCCCUGCUGGAUGCCGACCCGAUGGUGAUGGGGAUGCUUUACAUUGAGAUGGUCAAGAUUCUCAACAUUGAGGCUCCGAUCGUCAACAUCACUGAUGUGAUGGAGGCCCACAGUCACGACUACCAAAUUAGCUCACUUCAUGCUCCUGAAGAAUUGUCUGAGAGCCAUAAGGACUUGACCAAACGUGCCGUGGAGCUGGUGGAGCUGUCAGCGGAUACCUGGAUUGUGACUGGCCGCAGACCCAUCCCCAUCAUGAUGGCAGCCAUCUAUCUGUCAUGGCAGUCCUUAAAACCCAACAAGCACCGCUUGAAAUUGUCUCUGGAGAAAUUCUGUCAGCUUGCCAAAGUGAACAAGCACAAGCCUGCUAUAAAGAGGAUAACUGAGAUGAAGGAGAUGCUGUGUAAGCUGGGACAGGAGAUUCCCUGGGUCAGGGAAGCGGUGACACCAGACAAUGUUGUCAAGCAUGUGGAGGAUAUUCUAAAACACAGGCAUGCACUGCUAAGGAGGGCUCUCAGAGCCCAAGAGGACGCCCUGCUGGCAGAGAGGCAGGCCAGCUGUGAGGACCUUCCAAUCAAGGAGGACGCUGAUAAUCAUCAGCUGCACGGGGAGACUCUAAAGAGCCAAGAUCCAGAACCAAACUGGGGGAAGAGAGUCCUGUUUGCUCCCCCGUGUGUGGUCCAAGCUAAGAAAAGUAGAGUGGAGCAGCCCGAGCUCACGGAUGUUACUGGAGAUGAAGAAAUCUCUGACAGUGAAAUCGACGCUUACAUCCGCACUCCUCAGGAAGUUCGAGAGUUUGCUCUGUCACAGAAGAUGCUUGAAUGACAAAUCAGUACCCGCAAGUACCCUCAAGGCCGGAUUAUACAGAUGUUUAAUUUCCAUGAGAUUUGGUUUGUGAUAAGAGAUGCUACAACCUUUUGUAUGUAGUAUUAUGCAGUCACAGAUCAUGGUUAUUGUUUUGCUGCUUAUACUUGGUUCACUAUUAAAAGUUGUGUUGAAGGGGUGAAAGAAAUGUUGGUUUUUGAUUUGUUUUCUUUUAAUAAAAUGUUGUGUUAAGAUCUCCACUUAACAAACUGCAAAAUGCUGCUUUUUUUUUUUUUUUUAAAGGAAAUAUAUAAUGGUAAUAAUUAUGUAUAAAUUACAUUUUUGGUUUUGCUUAUCUUCCUGGUAUGAAAGCAUUUGUCUGGUUUAAAGUGUGAUAAGUUGUGUCAUUUAUUGGUUUUGCAUCAUUAAAAAAAAAAAUUAUAAUGGUCUUUUUCUCAGAGGACAUUUUGAUAUUUCAGCGUGAGGAAAUCAAGACGUCUGCUGAGAAGAAAGCCUAUUAUGCCAAGCCUCCAGCCAUUGUGUUGAUUGAAUAGCUACUUCCCAAUGAGUACUUUCAUAACACCUAAAGAGGUUUUUUACGAUGUUACUUCUGCUUUACACAUUCACUUCAUGAUAUUCUGAAUAUUGGCUACGACUGAUUACACUGUUAAAUCCACCUUUAAGUGUAUAUACAUCACAUUUUUCAAAGGAGAGCAGCUAUGGAGUUUUUGAAUCACAGCAGCCCCUGAGAUGUAUUAGGUUUAAAAUUAUUUUGUUUGUUUGCAAGUGCUAGUUCAUGAUUAAAUUCAGCCUCUUUAUGUAUAAAACACAGAAGGUAAUGGCAUUCAGGUCCAUAUAAAAUGGUAAAACUCACCUAAUGUUUAGCAGCUUUUCACUUUUUGAUCAGAAAUUAAAAUGUGUUGAACAGAAUUGUGAUAAAUGGGGUUUGUUUCACGGAUGAAAAACUGUCAUUGCACUGCAGGAAAUGUACAUCAUUGUUGGCAAGCACCAAGCAUGCUGUAACGAUCAAUAAAUUCUCACAUUGUUUCAAUGUCAUAAACAGCUCCAGUUGAGAUGCA